UCUGUUUUCCCUCGGUCCACAGACUCGCAGCGGUCCCACCUGUCCUCCUUCACCAUGAAACUGAUGGACAAGUUCCACUCUCCCAAGAUCAAGAGGACUCCAUCCAAGAAGGGCAAGCAGCUGCAGCCCGAGCCGGCAGCCAAGAGCACCGAGAAACCUUCCAACAAGAAGGUGAGUCGGCUGGAGGAGCACGAGAAGGAUGUGGUCAGUGCUCUGCGCUACUUCAAGACCAUCGUGGAUAAGAUGGUGGUGGAGAAGAAGGUUCUGGAGAUGCUGCCCGGCUCUGCCAGCAAGGUGCUGGAGGCCAUCCUGCCUCUGGUGCAGGUGGAGGCCCGGAUCCAGCACAGUUCGGCGCUGUCUUCCUGCCAUAAUCGCGUCUACCAGAGUCUGGCCAACCUCAUCCGUUGGGCGGACCAGGUGAUGCUGGACGGCAUCGACCUGGAGGACAAAGAGAACGUGGCGUCGGUCACCAGCGUCAUCAAAGCCGUGCUGGAUGGAGUGAAGGAAUUGGUAAAGCUGACCAUAGAGAAACAGGAGCAGCCGUCGCCCACCACCCCUAACAAACCAGCCCCACCCGCUCCCCCAGCAGAGAGCGUGUCGUCGGAGCUGCCCUCCAUAGGUCUGGAGCAGGAGGUCUCCCCUCAGACGGCUCCGGCUGCCCCCCCUGCAGAGGAGGCUUCUGAAAUACCAGAGGAGGAGGUGGCCCCUCCCAAACCCCCCCUGCCUGAGGCCAAAAUGGCAGAGCUCAGCCCUCCCCCAGCUCUCCCCCCUAAGAAGCGGCAGUCGGCCCCCUCACCCACGCGGGUUGCAGUCGUGGCCCCGAUGAGUCGCGGCUCCAGUUUACCCUGCAGCGUCCACAGACAGCAGGACUAUGAGCAGGAGUUCCUGCAGAGACGGUUCUCCGGGGGGAGCCAGUCGUACGGCGGGGACUCUCCACGCCUCUCGCCCUGCAGCAGCAUGGGGAAGCUCAGCAAGUCGGACGAGCAACUCUCCUCCAUGGAGCAGGACAGUGGUCAGUGUUCUCGUAACACCAGCUGUGAGACGCUUGACAACACAGAGAGUUACGACCCGGACUACGACUUCCUGCACCAGGACCUGUCGGCGGGGGAGAACCUGCCCCCCAUCCCAGUGGGGGGGUGCCUGAGCCCCCUGCCCGAGUCUCACAGCGAGUCCUCCUCCCCCGUCCCCGGACAGCACCCCUCACAUCCCC